AUGCGGUUUCAUUUAGUCAUUUGUUUUCUACUUGGUUUAUUUUUGACAAAAUUUAGUGUUGCGCUCAUUUUCAAGAUGACAAACGUUAUGUGUGAGACCUAUAAUAAAACCUGGUUUGAGUUUCAUCACUGCCGUCUAAAGGCCGUAAGUCGAGACAGGGUUGUAUUCAAUAUGAACGGAACUAUUUUGCAUCCAGCUUCUAAUAUACAAACCAAAAUUAAGAUUUACAAAAGAGAAAAUGGCUUAAAGCCUUGGCUCGUCGACGUUAAAAUUGAAACUUGCCGCUUCAUGCGAACAAGAUAUGAUCCUGUGGCCAAAAUAGUUUUCGGGCUCUUUCAACAAUUUAGCAAUAUUAAUCACACGUGUCCCUAUGUGGGACCACAGGUUUUGGAGGGAUUUUAUCUGAAGCCUGAACUAUUGGGUCUACCUUUUCCGACUGGUCAAUAUCUGUUGGCCUUAAGAUGGUACUUCGAUAAGAGACUGCAAUUCGAUACAAAUGUCAGUUUCUUAUUUGUCGAGGACCAUGUGAAAUCCGAUCGAAUACAAUCCAAUUGA